CUGGUCCAGUCCAUUUUGCCGCUUCGGAUUCGAUCGGAAGAUAUUUCCCCGCCGUAUUUUGGUUCAGAAAUUCUAGCAGACUUUUUUUUUUUUUUGUGAAAAUGAUAACGCAAGGAAUGAAAAGGAAAUUUUGAAAGUUCCUGGACCAAAAAUAUCGCAAUCUAGAGCUUCAAUAGGCUCUCAUUUCAUUGCAGCAACCUACAGUCCCCCAAGUUCUCCGAACUCCAUGGGGAACUCCUAAAAUCGACGGAAGCCUUCGGAAAACCUUAUAUUUUCUCACUUUCCUUGGUACCCAUUUUCCCUUUUCUUUCUUUUCCUGGGAAAUUUUGCAAUUUGUUUUCUUCCAUUUCGGCCGCCGAUAGGGAGAGUAAUCUGCUCUGCAGCUUUCUCCAGUUGAGUAUUUUGCAUUGGUCUCUGCUUUUCCUCCCUUCUUUUCGCUCCCAAGUAGCUGAAGGAGGUUCCCAGAUGCAGAGCUCCGGUCUCUUGAGCGACGGCCCAGUGAUUUCUCCGGCCGCUUAUGCGUAUCGGUCCCUGGAUUUCAGGCAGAUUCCGCCGUUACUGGAACCGAAAUCUUGGCUUUCCGGUGGGAUGUUGAAGGUCCGACAUGCAUUUGGAUUGCAAAGUCUAGGAGUUAGAACCCAAGGUUACAGAUUGAAGAUUUGGACGACAAAAGCAUGCAUGAACUCCAGCGAGGAUACAAAGAGAGUUGCACCUCUUCAGCUAGAAUCAUCUGUGGGGCAGUUUCUUUCUCAGAUCUUACAGAACCAUCCUCAUCUGUUGACUGCUGCAGUUGACCAACAACUAGAGAGGCUUCAAGAGGAUCGAGAUGCACAGGCUAAAGAUUCAGUUGCUGCUGCUGACGUCCUGUACAAGCGAAUAGCUGAAGUCAAGGCUAAGGAAAUGCAAGCAUCUUUGGAGGAGAUAAUAUAUGCUCUAGUUGUUCAUAGGUUCAUGGAUGCAAAUAUCUCAUUGAUUCCAACAAUUUCACCAUCAUCAGAUCCUCUUGGUAAGGUCGAUAUAUGGCCAUAUCAGGAGCAGAAGCUUAUGUCCAUCCAUUCUAUGGAAGCUUACGAGAUGAUUGAGAGCCACCUCUCUCUUGUUCUGGGUGGCAGCCAAUUCCCCGACCCUCUAGAUUCUGUAGUUCAGAUAAGCAAGCUGAGAGUUGGAAAGCUCUAUGCUGCUUCCAUCAUGUAUGGUUACUUCCUCAAACGUGUGGACGAGCGGUUUCAGCUUGAACAGUCUAUGGAAACUCUUCCUAAGCACAUCGAAGAAGAGAGUAUGCCUUCUGAAAACGUGUUGCCCAACGAUGAGAUAUGGGAUGUGACUUCAUGGUUUCAGGCCUCUAUAGGGGAUGACUAUGAGGGAUAUCAUGGCACUUCAGAUCCGAAUGAGGUAAAAAAUGCAUAUAAAUUAAGGUCAUAUGUUACACAUCUCGAUGGGGACACCUUACAACGUUAUGCAACUAUAAGGUCCAAAGCUGCAGUUUCCAUAAUCGAAAAGCAGACACAAGCUCUUUUUGGGAGGCCUGAUAUCAAAAUUGCAGAAGAUGGAACUCUUGAUACAUCCAACGAUGAACUGAUUGGAUUAACAUUUGCAGGGUUAACUAAUCUUGUGUUAGAGGCAGUGGCAUUUGGCUCAUAUUUGUGGCAGGUUGAAAGUUAUGUUGAUUCUAGAUACAGCUUUGUGAACCGUUGAAAAUGCAUUGUAGAUGUUUUACUUUGCCUUUGUAAGUAGAUCGCUAUGUCCUGAAUUUUUUUCUUUUUAGGCCCAUUGAAGCCUUAUCUGUCAAAAUGAUGCAUGCUUCAGCACAUUUACACUGACAAUUACAUGUAUCUUUUUUGUUGGUGACUUAGUGCGGUACAAAAAGAGAAUCUAUUGAAACAAUGUCAAAGUGGUUGGACAUAUUUUCGUAGUCCAGCUAUUCGUUGAUCAAUAUCAAUUCUGUUAGUCUA